GAUUGAUAUCACGAAUAGGUCUGUCCAUGGAUAUAUAGAAUUGUUUAAAUAAGGUAGAUUGUCUCUGGAAAAAAAAGAGUAAGGAAUAUUGGAGAAAUGGGGAACGAAGAAGGGUGGACAAAGGACGUAGGAGGUUCUCUUCCUUUUGAGAAUGUGCAGGCACUUGCUUCCAAGAGGCUUAAGGACAUACCACACAGAUAUAUCCGGCCUGACCUGGAAUUUGACAAGGUUUCCAUGGAUGAAUCUCUCCAAAUUCCAGUGAUUGAUAUGAGCAAGUUGGUGCGAAAUCAAUCAGGCCAUGGUGAUGAACUGGGUGAGCUUCAUUUCCAGCUGAUAAAACAUGGGGUUCCAGCAGAAGUGAUAGAGAAUAUGAAGAUGGAGAUAAAAGAGUUCUUUAAGCUGCCAUUGGUGGAGAAGAUGUCCUGUGCUCAGCUGCCAAAUGAUAUUCAAGGGUAUGGGCAAGCCUUUGUUGUUUCUGAAGAGCAAAAGCUUGAUUGGGGUGACAUGCUUUUCCUUCUUUCCAAGCCUGCCUCAAUAAGAAAUAUGCGAUUUUGGCCUAUUACUCCCACUUCUUUUAGAGCAACCUUUGACAAGUAUUCAUCAGAGGUGCAAAGAAUUGCAGUAUCCUUGCUGCGGUUGAUGGGCAGGAAUUUGGGGAUAGACCCAGAGAAGCUUAGAAGCAUAUUUGAAGAUGGAACACAAGCGAUAAGAAUGAACUAUUAUCCACCUUGUGUAGAGGCAAACAAGGUCAUGGGCCUAAAUACUCACUCUGAUUCCACUGGAUUGACAUUGUUAAUUCAAGCAAAUGAAGUUCAAGGAUUACAAAUCAAGAAAAAUGGUAAAUGGGUACCCAUCACACCCAUCCCUGGUGCCUUUAUUGUCAAUAUUGGUGACAUCAUUGAGAUAAUGAGCAAUGGGAAAUAUAAGAGCAUAGAGCACAGAGCUGCUGUAAACCCAGAAAACGAAAGGCUUUCAAUUGCAGCAUUUCAUGGUCCAAAUUUGAAGAGCAUUAUAGCACCUCUGGAAGAUCUUGUUAAGGAAGAGACACCAAAUUACAAGUCCUUGACACAUGAAGAAUUUGUGAAGCUGGUUGUGAGCAGCAAACUUGAUGGUAAAAGCUUAGUGGGUCACAUGAAAUUGGUACACUGAAGAAAGCUUUUGCCCAG